ACAAAAGCACUUUAUUGGUGAGGAGAUAGCAGAAUAUAUAUAUUAAUUGAAUUUAGAGUAAAUUAAUUUUUACUUUAUAAUCUUUCGGCUUUAAUUCUUCACCUUUGUUUAACAAGUCUGGUUUAUUGAUUACAUGAAGUAUGAAGUUUAUUUCUUUUCUAUUUUCACGUUCCAAGCUAACAUUCACUCUGCAAUCACCCAUUUUUCUUUUGUAGCAGGAAAUUUUGUCCAUUGCAAAACCUUGGUUACCUUAAGAUCAUAUAAGGAAUACUCCACACAUUCUCCAUUUUUAAUCAAGAAAAAUCAGAAAUGUUUCCUGAAACAGUAGCUAUUCCUGCAAUACUCCUUGUGGUAUUCAUAUUUGUGGUAUCAUUUGCUGUGUUGAAAGCAAAACAAGGCCAAGAUAAUGAAAAACAUCCACCUGGUCCCAAGCCCCUGCCAAUUAUUGGUCAUCUCCACAUGCUAGGGAAAUUACCACACCGCACCCUUCAAUCCCUUGCAGCAGAAUAUGGACCUAUAAUGUCCUUAAAGCUAGGACAGGUUCCAACCAUUGUGAUAUCUUCACCAGAAAUAGCUGAACUAUUCCUCAAGACUCAUGACAUUACUUUUGCUUCCAGGCCUAAAAGCAUCUCAUCCCACUAUAUUUCCUAUGGUGGUAAAGGCUUAGUUUUUUCUGAGUAUGGCCCCUACUGGCGCAACAUGAGGAAACUCUGCACAGUACAACUUCUGAUUGCAUCAAAAGUUGAGAUGUUUUCUCCUUUGAGAAGUGAGCUGUUGGCAGAGUUUGUCUGCUUUCUGCAGAAGACAGCAUCAUCACAUGAGGUUACGGAUGUCAGUGAUACUGUAGGGGAUCUCAUUGAGAAUCUCACCUUUAAAAUGAUCUUUGGUCGCAGUAAGGACGAUAGAUUCGAUGUAAAGAACCUUGUUCGUGAAGUACUGAACUUGGCAGGAACUUUCAAUGUUGCAGAUUAUUUGCCUUGGCUACGCAUGUUUGAUCUUCAGGGGCUGGUAAAACGAUUAAAGAAAGUGUGUAAAUCAUUUGACGUAGUAAUGGAGCAGAUUAUCAAAGACCACGAACAGGAUUCUGAUAAAGAACAAAAGGGCCAAAAGGAUUUUGUGGACAUAUUACUUGCACUUCUGCAUCAACCCCUGGAUCCUCAGGAUGAACAUGGUCCUGUGAUUGAAAGAACACAUAUCAAGGCUAUUGUGAUGACUAUGAUUAUUGCAGGAGUUGACACAUCUGCCACAACGGUUGAGUGGGCCAUGUCAGAACUCUUAAAGCAUCCAAGGGUGAUGAAUAAACUUCAAGCUGAGUUGGAAAGUGUGGUGGGGAUGAAUAGAAAAGUGGAGGAAACUGAUAUUGUAAAGUUGACUUAUUUGGACUUAGUUGUGAAUGAGACACUAAGGUUGUACCCUGUUGCACCUUUGCUGGUACCUCGUGAGUGUAGAGAAGAUGUUACUAUAGAUGGUUACUGCAUAAAGAAAAAGACAAGGGUGAUAGUGAAUGCAUGGGCUUUGGGGAGAGAUUCUAAAGUUUGGUCAGAUAAUGCUGAGGAGUUUUGUCCCGAAAGAUUUUCCAACAGCAAUGUUGAUAUAAAAGGAUUUGACUUUAGACUCAUACCAUUUGGUUCAGGUCGCAGAGGGUGCCCUGGGAUUCAUUUGGGUCUCACCACUGCUAAGAUUGUUCUGGCUCAAUUGGUUCAUUGCUUCAAUUGGGAGCUUCCUUUGGGCAUGUCCCAUGAUGAAUUGGACAUGACUGAGAAAUUUGGUCUUACAAUGCCAAGAAGUAAGCAUUUGCUAGCUGUGCCAACUUAUCGUCUAGCAGAUGAACCACCGCCUCCUCCGGGGCCGCCGCGGUUACCGAUAAUCGGAAACCUCCACAUGAUGGUAGGAGGAAGAGAAGCACUCCUACAUCGUUCGCUCCAAUCCCUAUCCCAACGUUACGGUCCUAUAAUGUCGUUACAACUGGGAACCGUUCCGACCGUUGUGGUCUCGUCUCCGGAGGCCGCGGAACUGUUCCUCAAAACCCACGACGCUGUGUUCGCGAACAGGCCCAAGUUCGAAGCGGCCCAAUACACGUACGGCCCAGAGAGCGUGGCGUUUGCAGAGUACGGCGCGUACUGGCGCGGCGUGAGGAAGGUGUGCACCACGCACCUGCUGAGCGCGUCGAAGGUGGAGCGGUUUGCGCCUUUGAGAAAGAGGGAGAUUGGGGCGAUGGUGGAGUGGUUGAGGGAAGCAGCGGCGGCGCGUGAGGUUGUGAACCUAAGUGAGCGAGUGGGGGAAGUUUUGAUUGACAUGGCAUGUAAGAUGGUGCUGGGAAGGAACAAGGAUCAUAGAUUUGACUUGAAAGGGAUUCUUUUGGAGACCAUGAGUGUUUCAGGAGCUUUCAAUUUGGCAGAUUAUUUGCCUUGGUUUCGACCCUUUGAUCUUCAGGGAUUGACACAACGAUCAAAGAAAAUCAGUAAAGCGCUUGAUGAAAUGUUGGAGGAGAUUAUCGAAGAACACGAAGGGGUUCCUAAAGCAGAAGGGCACCUCAACGAUUUCAUUGACACACUACUUUCGUUGAAAGACCAACCAAUGCAUCGACAUGUUGAAGAUGCACCUGUGAUCGAUAAAAGAAGCAUAAAGGGUAUUGUGUUCGACAUGGUAAUUGGUGCAUCAGAAACUUCGAGCAACGUGAUUGAAUGGGCCAUUUCAGAACUGGUGCGACAUCCAAGAGUGAUGGAAAGUGUGCAAGACGAGCUGAAAGAUGUGGUUGGAAUGAAGAAGAUGGUGGAGGAGAUUGAUUUGGCAAAACUAAGUUAUCUGGAUAUGGUUGUGAAGGAGACCCUAAGGCUUCACCCUGCUGUGCCCUUACUAGCACCUCAUGAAUCAAUGGAGGAUAUAGUGAUAGAAGGCUAUUACAUCAAGAAGAAGUCACGAAUAAUAAUAAAUGCAUGGGCCAUAGGGAGAAACCCUACAGUGUGGUCGGAAAAUGCUGAUGUGUUUUACCCUGAAAGAUUUGUCGACAGCAACAUAGAUUUUAAGGGACAAGACUUUGAACUUAUACCGUUUGGGUCUGGUCGGAGAAGCUGCCCAGGAAUGGUGAUGGGUUUGAGCAUAGUUAAAUUGGUUAUAGCACAGUUGGUGCACUGCUUCAACUGGGAGUUACCUGAUGGCAUUGCUAACCAUGAAUUAGAUAUGAACGAGAAAUCAGGCUUAUCAAUGCCACGAGCAACACCUUUGCUUCUCAUUCCAACUUAUCGUCUACUUUAUCAAACUUUUGUGAAUUAAUUUAAGAAAAAUGAAAAUUUUACA